AUGCCACAUAGAUGUUCCCUCCAUUUGCUUCUCAGGUACUUGACGUUUUGGAGAAGGUACAAAAGCGUGUGGGCAAACACACUCCGAUUUCUGCCCCAGACUACUCACGGGACAUGUGAUACCUGUCUGGACUGCAAGGAACGAUUCAAAACAUGUCAGGAUGCCCAGUCGAAAUUUGAGUGUGCUCGUCUUUACAAGAACCACCUGGCCAUUGUGGGGGCAGAUCGAAAGUUAGAGGAGAUGGGAUGGAUCAGUCUAAAUGGAGCCUCCCGCGAAACCGUGUUGUCCAGUCUUCGAAAGAGGAAAAUCCGUGGCAUCUUGGAGCGGAUCAACAUCAGGAAAUGGAUUGGACCCCAUGCCAAGAUCAAUGUUGAGUACCUAACAUCAUGUCGACCUUGGAAGUUGUGGCUCGAUGCCAACCUGCCGGUGAGGUUCCAGGGUGGGCUGAAAGGAGAUAGUGAAGGGCAUCAUGCCUACAUCUUUUUGCGCAGAGCAGAUGUCCCACGGAAUAUCAACAUCCUUUCGGACGACAAGCGGGGAGAAUUCCAAGACCAUGAACUUGACGUGAUAUGCUUCGUGAAAAAGAAUGCAUCAGAUAGAGAGCUGGCACAGGAGGGAAUUUUGGCAUUGCCAUACCAAUUCGUUGAGCGAAUUCAUGGUCAAGCACCGCUGAACCCUCGAGUACUGAAGCUGCCAGAACAAAGCAGGGCGGCUAAGUACUUAGAACUGGCCGAGUUGCUGUUGAGACGCUUCCCAUCAGAGUCCAAUGGACGGGUGGCUAAAUUUCUCAUUGAUCUUUGCAGGAGUACUGACCCGGGACCCCUGGCCCCAAUUUCGUGGUUCACAACCCAACAAAGGCAGGAUUUGAUUGAAAUCGGAUCGCCUGCUCUCAUUGCUAGGAUAGUACCAACACUGCGGUUAGAGGCCAGAUUUGCCCGGCGAUGA